AUGGUAGGAGAACAGGAACCAAAGAUUGUGGAGGUGCAUGAUGACCAAAUUAGUAGUGGUGAGUCUUCAGAAGAAGAGGACUUAGCCUCAGGAAAGGCUGAGGGAGUUCGUCCAAGACAUAAUAAAGGUGAGAAGAAAAACAGAAAGUUGGUUCAAAAAUUGGGACUUAAACCAAUGUCUGACUUUGAGAAAGUUGUUGUGAGAGGGGCUAGAGGUCUCUCUUUCCAAAUUGUUAAUCCCGAAGUAUACUGUGUACCAGGAACAAAGAGUUACAUUGUUUUUGGAGAUGCUAAGUUAGAGGAUCGCAAUACAGCUUCCCAAGCUGCUGCCUUGGCAAAUGCUACUUCCCAAUUAGAGCAAAAGCUUGCUGCUAUGAAGACCCAGGAUGGUGAACCAUCGAAAAAUAACUCUGCUACUGUGAAUAACAACGAUAACGUUGUAGAUGAGGGUGAUGUCGAUGAAACUGGGGUAGAUUCAGCAAAUAUUGAUUUGGUGAUUAAUCAGACAGGAUGCUCGAGAGCAAAAGCUGUUAUGGCACUCAAAUCUAAUAAUAAUGAUGUGGUUGAAGCUAUUUUGUCUCUCUCUCCUUAA